GAACUGAUUCAAUCCAGUAGAUCAGUACUACACAGACUAAAGCCCGCGGGCAGCGGGUCUUAUCCGGUUAGUAACAAAUAAAAUUGGGAAUUCCCGAGAUUACAAAAUCGCUCAUCGCCAAUUAAGGAUCUGUUUUUAACAGUCGUUUUUUAUCGCAGGACAUAUAUUUGAGACACAACAAACAGAUACUGCUGCAGACAAGAAGAGAAUAUAGAUUUAACCCACGGCAUAAAACGGCCUAAUCAGCAUCGUGAGCAGCAUAAUAUAAAGGUCAAAGUUGCAUCCACGGAGAAACAUAAAUUCUGCCAUCCUCCUUAUUCCUCAUUGAAGAUAAAAUGGCAUCAUUCGUAGACCAGGCAAAGUGAAAUCAAGCAUUCUGCAAUCACCAUCAGGCUUAAUGUCAUUAAAUAAAAUAUUAUUAAUUUUACUUUAAAAAAAAUUGAAUAUACUUUGAGGUUAUUUUGAUCAUGUCGACACUACAAAGGACAAGCGAACUCAAACCCGAGCAGUUCCAAGUAGGAGACGUACUUCAAAUGGUAUCUGGUGAUAAAGUAUUUCAAGGAGUAUACAUAGAUUCUGGUGACGUUGUGUAUGCAGUAACUUUGGACAUUCCCGAUGACGCUUUAUUCUUAAGGAGAUUGUAUUACAAACUUUACCCACAACUAGUGACAUUAGGUUCACUCUCUGAUUUUGACCAAGUGGUACUUAAACUAAGAAGUGAUGUGAAAGAAUCGUUCAAAGUCGCAGAGAGAGCAGCAGUUGAAGUUGGAAGUACGACACGUUUAAGCAACAGCGAAUUUGUGGAACAUUGUAGUAACAUAGCUCAUCGGACGUCUUGUUUGAGCCUAGAAACAGUAUUUUAGAAAAUGCAGAAAAAGGCUAAACUCAUCUUGAAAAUGACAGUCCUGAAUAAUAUAAAAUGUGUAUCUUAAUUAUAAAUACGCACACAAACACACACAAUCUAUCAAUAUAUAAAUGUGUAUGUGUGUGUCUUAAGUAGUUAAAACUACUGUUGUAUUGUACAGAAGAGGCACAUUUUGGAAUCAUGUGAAAAAAAAACAUUGUGUGACAUUAUUCAAUUCUAAUAAGUGGGUUCAACUUGUUGCUAGAACAUUUAUUUUCACAUAUGUUCUUAUUCAUUUUGUUUUCACACCAAAUUGUUUUUGUUUUGUUUUUUUAACACCGCUGUGCAAUUCUAAUUCAUUUGUAAUUCCUUUAACCCAUAUCUAUUAUGCAUUUGUAAAAUACGACUAACUGACUCAUUGAUCACAGGAUCUCUUAAACUGUCGUUCGAAGUCGCAUGAAAUUUCAUACAUUUGUUCUUUUUACCUCCUAGGUGCUCAUUAAGAACCAGAUUUGAUAUGUUCCCAGCCUGUGGACCGCUAUUCGCGAGAAACUGCAAGCUUUCUAUCAAACCUUUGUAUUUUAUUUUCGGUACUUCCCAAAAUGACGCUGUCUGCAUAUACAGCAUUCAAAAAAUAUCACAAAUCUGUAUUUCAAAUCAUUUUUAAAAAUAUUCCUAACGUCAUUUCCGCUUCCUCUUAGACACGGUCUAAAUGAAGAAACAAAACCAAUCGUAAUAUCAUUAAUAAGAGGGAGAAAGCGAGAGAGAGAGAGCGAGAGAAAGCGAGAGAGAGAGAGCGAGAGAAAGAGAGAGAGAGCGAGCGAGAGAAAGAGAGAGAGAGAGAGAGAGAAAACAAGGAACGUUAAUAUGUAUCACUAUUUAAAACAAAAUAGAUCUAUUGUUAUUUCGCUACAUUCAAACGGAAUGAGAUCAACGCUAUAUAAUCAAGGUUGAAAUAUAAUAUAAAUUGAAUUGAGAAAGCCGAAGAAAAGACAUAGUGUAUGAAGGACUAACUUUUUGUAUUUGAACGGGGAAGGGGGAGGUUAAGCAAAGUUGCUACUAAUGUUAACGGGUCAAAAAUAUGAGGGCAUAUAUGUGUUGGGGGGGGGGGAGCAUUAUGAAGCCGGUCUUUCCAAAUGAAGUCAAAAGUCUAUGACGGAGAAAUUAUGAUGCGCAGGUUAAAAAAAAACAAAAUGGGAGUUCCAUAGAAAAAAGAGAGAAUGAGAAAGAUAGAGAGAGAAGGAAACAAAGAGCGGGCCUUAAAAUUUCAUAACUCAUCAAUUCACGUGCUAAAAAAAAGUAUGUUAGGUACCGUUUAUUACUAUUUAAGAAGUAGAAGAAACAAUAUAAAGCCAGGGAACAAAUCAACGGGCGUAGCCGGUGUGUACUUCUAGUUGGUAGUUAUUUUUAUCCUACUAACCACAGACUUAGUCACAGACUUAGUCACAGAGUUAGUCACAGAGUUAGUCACAGAGUUAGUCCUACUAUUACAGAAAAUGGUGUGCUGCGGCCUCCUAAACAAUAAUGACGAAUUUCUGCGUAUUUCUUACUUACUUCCCCAGUGCAGCCAACGUAAGCAAACUACAGUUUCCAAAUUUCUUGGGCGUAGCCAAAAGGGGUUUUGUGGUUACCCUUCCCCCUCCAAUACAAAAAGUAAAGCAUUUUACCAUUUUCUACCAGUCGCUGGACUCCAUUGAAUAGCAGAUUUGGUUUUUUAUUCUUUUAGUGGAAGAGUAGCAGGCUAAUUGCACUGUAGAUACCUCAGAAUAUGCAUUUUUAAAGUUUAAAAUAACGGAGAUAAUGCUUGGUUCCGGGGCUUCGCCUAGGACCCCACUGGGGGGAGCUUACAGCGCUCCCCAAGACUCCCUAGCUGCCCUUUGGCGGUGUGUACUGUCUUUCCACUAAUUAUAGGAAGAGAGUAUUCUAGGGUAGAAAAAACGUUUGAAAGAAUGAAAGAUCAGAAUGUAAUGAAGAUUAAUUACAUAUACUAAUAUUCUCCUCAUCCUUAAUCUUCGAUGACGAUCGUCAAAACGUCAAGCGUCAUCCUGCACUUUUGAGCUUCAGAAACUCAUUUUUGAAUCUAAAUGCACUUUUCUGGUAGAAAGAAGAUUACAGAUCAAAUAAAGUUUCAUCAAGAAGUGAAGAAACUAGUGUUUUGUUCUGAUGUAAGAUGGUAGAAGAAUCGCGUUGAAAUAUCUCCUUCUAAAUCACUUUUGGAAUCAGUAUUGUUGCCAACGACUUUUGCUAAAAAAGAAAAGAAAAAAAAAAAAAAAGAAAAUGAGAAAAAAAAAAAAAAAAAAAAGAAGAAAGACUUUGAUCAGUAUUUAUCAAACCAUUGUUUCACUGGUGGUACUUGAAGCCAUGCCAAGUGGUUCACUUGUGACUCAUUUUUUAUGAAUCUGUGCCUGGAUCUUUCUUUUUUUCCCCCUCUCUUUUCCAAGUUUAUCUUAGAGGAUAUGAACAAUUUAGAACCAAAAGUAGCUUUUCAUUUUGAUUUAUACCCCCUUGAGUCAUGUUGAGUCAUGUCUUAAAAUCAUAGUUUCUGUACUUAAGCGACAUAACAAAACGCUUCAUAAUAUUUCCGUUCAAAUGAAAAAUAUUAUAAGUGACAAUCUUUCCAUCCAGCAGCAAGUGAUACUGAUGGAGAUAUCAGAUAAAAAACCUAGCCUUAAAAAAAAUUCCGAAAAAAAGAUCAGUGAAAGAAUUCUGGCAUCAAGUGAAGAAAGAUCAAAAUGAAAUCGGUGCUAAGUCGAAUAAUGUUAUGCUAGGCUUCAGCUCGAAGUAUGUUUACAAAACGACCUAUUCUGUCUGUCAAGACAAGCAUACAGACUAUAGCAAGAAACUCUUUGGGAUUGGAGCACGGGCUGGUGAUCUCAGUAGACACGCCUUCUCCACGGAUCCAUGAUUGCAUAUGACCAAAGUCUAUGACAUAAAAAACACGCAUAUAUAUACACACACAUACACACACACACACACAUAUAUAUAUAUAUAUAUAUAUAUAUAUAUAUAUAUAUAUAUAUAUAUAUAUAUAUAUAUAUAUAUGUGUGUGUGUGUGUAUAUCUGAUGGUUGUCACCCGGUGAGGCACACACUCCCCGUACCACCUAGUGAUGCCACUGUCAAGAAAUCUCUGUCACUGUCCUUGCCUGAACCCUUAGAACUGUAUAUGUGUUUUGUUUUGGGUCGCUAAGAUCAGUCUCACCUUACUUCGGCCUCUUAUUGGCUUCUAUUGCAAGGCGUGUGAACAUUGAGAAACCACUUUCACUCUUCUAUCCUUCAAAGUUGGCAUUUGUUUUUUUACCCUUUUGACCGCCUGGGCUGAAUAUUAAAUAUACCUAGGCAUUUUGAUAAAUGUCAAACUAUCCAUCAGGUUAUUUCAAUUUGAUGACCUUAAUUAGUUAUUGACUGUUGAUAGCAACAACAAGCUAUUAUUGACUCGACUCGUAGAGCUGCUUAAAUGAAAAACAGACACCAGAGAUGUGCUAUAACAUUUAAUAUGAUGUUUUAUUUACGCCUGCCCUGGAUGUGGCAAAAUAUGUAGGUCACAGCUAGGGCUGCGUAGCCACGGAAAAUACUGCAUUACUCAAUAAUCUUCGGACUCGAAGACAUCUUAAAUAACAAUAGUUAAGACAAGGGACAAUACCAAGCUGAACAAGAAUCGUAAUUAUUGUAGGCGACGCAUUUGUUCAACACUCGAACACAGACAAUGAAAUAUAAAGUUCAUUUUUUGUUUGAAAACAAUGUAUAUUAUCAAGAGGGGAAAUAUCUUCCCGAAAUUAAGCAAUCCAAUGUAAUAGAAGUGUAGAUCAAAUUACGUAGAAAUAAAACUGUUGGCUCUAAAGUGCUAAAAUAAUAAUAAUAAUAAAAAAAGCAGCGAACUCCGUUUUUUUUUUAAAACAAAAUUCACACUUUGUAUAUGACUUCCUAGAAACCAAUCCUUUUCAAAGCGAGGCGUCAUUGCACAUAAUGUCCGCCAAAUUAUUUUUCGGUUUUAAUAGGCCAUGCAACAUUGGAGAUUCCCAAUUUCCACCAUUUUAAAAUUGUGAGUUUCAUUGCAGAUAUGCGAAAAGGAUGAGCAUUAAUUUGUUUUAUGAUGUGGAAAUCUUUUAUCAUGUGUGAUGUGUGUGUUUAAUAAGCUGUUCAAUACAUAUGCUGGUGACGUUGUGUACACAGAGACUUUGGACAUUCCCGAUGACGCUUUAUUCUUAAGGAGAUUCUAUUACAAACUCUUCCCCCAAUUAGUCACAUUAGGUUCCCUCUCUGAUUUUGACCAAGUGGUUCUUCAAAAGAGAAGCCAAGUCCAAGAUUCCUUUCAAAUUGCAGAAAGAGCAACCUAUGAAGUUGGACGUACAACUCGCUUGAACAACAUUCAGUUUGUUGAGUAUUGUUGGACGUACAACUCGCUUGAACAACAUUCAGUUUGUUGAGUAUUGUUGGACGUACAACUCGCUUGAACAACAUUCAGUUUGUUGAGUAUUGUUGGACGUAAAACUAAAACGACACCAAGUCUGGUACCAGCACUCUUAACAAUAUCUGCUGUUGUAUUGCAACGAAAAAAUAUCGAUACAAUGGCUACUGCAUUUUUCAAAGACUAUUUUACAGUCAUCAGAAGAAUGAUUUUUGGAUACUUGGCAUAUGUAACAUUAUCAACCGUAAAAGAUUUAACUUUGGUCUGUUUUAUAGAAAUGGUCCAAGAACCCACAAUAAGUCACGAAAUGGAAAGUGUAACAUUAAAGACUGAUCGAGAAUAUGACAGCGGACAAACAGAGGGCGUCCGAAUCUCAUAUAGAAAAAGUGAAUUUGAAGAUUACAAAUCCAGUACAAAGAAUGCAGAGCCUGACCUGGAGGACGCAGAUGUCAAUAAAGAUGCGGAGAUAACACAGAAUUGCAAACAAAUUCAUGAAGAUGAAGAUAUUGACGAUAGCGAGGAUGAAAAGGAUGAAGAAGUAAAUGAUAGCGAACAUGACGAGGAGGAUAAAAUUUUUAUUAUCCAAGAUUAUAAAAAUGAAAAAGAUAUAUAUGAUACAUUUGAUGACACUAAAGAAGAUGAAGAUGUUAGUGACAAAAAAGAGAAGGACGAAGAAGAGCCUCUUAUGGAGCCAGAAAAAAUUGUCAUUUUCUAUACUCUAGAAGACGAUCAAAUAAGGAGAGAGAUCAGAAAAAUGUGCCGUGAUUACAAAGAAAUGGCUGACAUGUUUAACAAUAUUGAGACAUUGAUAGAUCAAGAAACUAAAGAUUUUCCCAAAUCAACUCUUAGUUCCCAAGCAAAGCAAUUACUCAAGACUUUAAUGGAUCCAGAAAAACACGAAAUUUUAAUAUCGUUUUUGUUAUAUUCAACUGAUUACAACAUACAAGUCAAUUAUCGUAAAACGAUGGUAAUUUUACAAAAGAUAUUCAAAGACUUACAGACAUCUGGGAGGUCAAUUGACACCAUUCAGAUGAUAUUACGAUCGAUCCUGAAGAAAGCGGGAAUGCACUCUGGACUGUUCUCGGCCCUCCGGUGACAUGUUUGAGCAAGGAUGUUAGACUCUGGACUGUUCUCGGCCCUCCGGUGACAAGUUUGAGCAAGGAUGUUAGACUCUGGACUGUUCUCGGCCCUCCGGUGACAUGUUUGAGCAAGGAUGUUAGACUCUGGACUGUUCUCGGCCCUCCGGUGACAUGUUUGAGCAAGGAUGUUAGACUCUGGACUGUUCUCGGCCCUCCGGUGACAUGUUUGAGCAAGGAUGUUAGACUCUGGACUGUUCUCGGCCCUCCGGUGACAUGUUUGAGCAAGGAUGUUAGACUCUGGACUGUUCUCGGCCCUCCGGUGACAUGUUUGAGCAAGGAUGUUAGACUCUGGACUGUUCUCGGCCCUCCGGUGACAUGUUUGAGCAAGGAUGUUAGACUCUGGACUGUUCUCGGCCCUCCGGUGACAUGUUUGAGCAAGGAUGUUAGACUCUUCCAGCAAACGUAACAACAAAACCAGGUCGAGAAUGUACACACACAAAUCUUAGACAAUACGUUUUUUUAAUGACUUUAAGUCUUAGCUAUAAAUUAAACUAUAGAUAAUUAUUGCUAUCCUCGUAUAUUGAUAAUAAUAUUUUAAAAGGUUAGGGUGAAGAAAUAAACUGGUAUUAGGUUUUAACUAUUCAAUGUGAGUAGUUUAAAGGUAAAUUUGAAAAAGAAAGCAUAACACUCAAUUGAUAAUUUAAUUAAGUUGGUUAUAUUUUGAAAUUCUGUAGUCAAUAUAAAAGUUUUGAAUAUCUUUACAAGAACAUUGCUGAAAUAUCUCAAUUUUGGAGACACGCUUUGUUCUAAUAAAUUCAUUAGUAUUAUUUUAUUUAAAUAUUUUAUAAUUAUUACAUUUCGAACUUUGAUUUUUUAAACAUUACAAUACUGGUUACAAAGAGAACUAGUGUGGAGACACACUCAAAGUCGGCCCCCGAAGUGGCCCACUCAGGCAGGUUUCAAUAUUUUCAGAAAGAAUUUCAGAAACUAUGAACUACAAACUAUCAACAACGACAACUCUAUCUCCUAUCAACAACGACAACUCUAUCUCCUAUCAACAACGACAACUCUAUCUCCUAUCAACAACGACAACUCUAUCUCCGUCAAUACAAAAAGAAGAAACGUGUUCGUGUCGAGAAUGUUGCUGAUACUGUUGUAUUGUUAGUUCGACUAAAGACUUGAUACCUUAGGAUAUGGAAAUUUGUUAAAGUUAUUAUUAUUACAUUGUUAAUAUUUAUAUGUAUUCAAUGAGCUGAUAGUUUUGGAGAUAUGGCCAAAUCCCAGACUGCAUCACUAUGACCAGUUAAGCUUUGUCAAAAAAAGUAUGCUCAAACUCUAUGGCCACACCACAAGGUCCUCAGAACUCUCAAAGACCUUCCUUCAAGGAACAGUACCAGGAAGAAGAAGAAGAGGAGGACAGAGAAAGCUAUGGGAAGUGAACGAAAUUCAAUCCAAUGCAAAGGACAGAGGGAGAAAGACUGUCGACAGAUCUUGCGUGGUUCCCAAACGGUCCAACAGACUAAGGGAUAGAUGAAGGUGAACUUCAAUGUGACCCUGGACUAACUGAUGUUAUUGAAUGAUUAUCUAAUUGUUUUGUAACGGACCAAACUCUCAUUCAAAGCCUUAGGAAAAAAAAAUUCCCUAUAAAAAUAUAAAUGAAAGCAAAUGUUUGUAUUUAAAACCUAUGCAUUGGUAUAGUUGCUGAAAGUGUAUAGGACCACACUAUUUAUUAAUUGUUGUAUUGCAUUAUAUUCAACUUAUAUACAUACUAAUAGGUUUUUUUCUCUUUAAAAGAUAGUAAACAUUUUUUGUGUGUAGAUGUAGGUAAAUAGUAUGACAGAAAUUAAUUUAUUUUACAGUGCAAUUAUAAAAAGAAAAUUACACAAAAAUCUAUAAACGUUUUCAUAAAUGUGUUUCAUAUAUGGUGUAGAGUAAGUAUGUCUUCUGAAUUUUAUAUCUUUAUUUUACUAAUAAUAAAGAAUGGUUUUUAUAACUGCUUGAAGUAACGUCUGUAUUAUAUAAGAUAAUAUAAGAUUGACAUAUUUGAAGCUAUUACAUCAGCUCUCAAUUAAAGAGCUUAGACAAGAGCUUUGGGGCCGAGGUUUAAAAUCCCUCGGUAGCAAUGAAACGCUCACGGCUCGUCUGCAACAAGCCCUGAUCAAUGAAGAAGAAGAUCCGGAGACCUACACGUUUGAAAUUGAACUUGGGAUUGUUGAGGUCAUUGGCAAGAUCCAGGACUAUGUGGAUGCAUUUGAUGAACAACUGAACAUGAUUGGGAACAUGAUGGGAAACAUGAGCAGGAACAUAAUGUUGAACAAUCUAGAUGAAAGUGUAUUGCAAGUAGAAGGCCAAAUAGACCAAAGUGAUAAAAUUGUGUCACAAGCAAAAGGAGGAAUAAACUCGUUAGGGAAGGAGCAGUUGCCUGGUCAGGACUGUGGCUGCACAAACAGUGGUGAUGGAGGCGCUGGGGAUUGGAGCGCUGUCUGUGACUGUGUUGUGGGCAAGUCUUGUGGGCGUGACUUUCUAGACAAGAAACGUGACAACGAUUGCUGCAACGAUCUUAACGGAAUGUAUCGAAUUGAAGGGAAAGAGACAAAUGAAGAAAUUCAAGUCUGUUACGUGCCUGAAGCGUUUGUUUCAGUUGUACCUUUACCAGUACCUUAAUGAGCUGGACAGAUCAAGACAACGUUGGGUCUGCGUUUAAGCCUGCUGCUAUGGACCUUAAAGACCUCUGCCUAUCUGCCGGUGCUCACGAGGGAAAUUCGAAGCUUGACAACUACAUCCAGAAGUUUAGCAUGAACUGUACUUGCGGCGCAUCACAGAUAGAAUUUAGAUGCCAAGAAAACCACCAACAAGGCAUGUGUACUUCUACCAUCAUCAUCGACAUUGGCAUAGAUGAAUGUCAAUCAAACCACUCUAAAUCUGAGCUGUCAGAGGAAGUCAUUUUCCACUUGAACCUGAAGAGACCUAUCUUCUGGACGUGAGACUGUUAUCUGAGGAUGACUGCGGUGCAUUGGACUUUGUUUGCAACGUGGCUGCAUGUGAACCUGCAGCUCCCUUGAGAGGCGUCUGUCUGGAAGGUCUGCUGAGACAGCGUGUCCGAUCAACGGCUGUGCUGAAGAAAACAGUGCUCGACACUAUCUCUUUGUGUGUCAAACGGCCACGUCAUCGUCGCAACAACAGCCUGGUCAACUGGAGAAAGAGAAAGCGGCACUGGAGGAAAACAGAGCGGAUGGCUUCGUGGAGAACACGCUCCCUGCCGCCUGUGGCUCCGACUGAUCGACCUCCACCUGAACUGUCAAACCUCAGCUGCAGUGUUUCUUUUCGGGACGAAAAGUGCUAAGACGGUGGCAAUGUUAUGUCUCUGCCAUGCGCGCCGCCCGCCAGACUAGUGCAGAGAUGCGCACUUCUAGUAACCAGACUAGGAAAGGAUGUUGACAUUAGGAGACAAACGAUUUCCGCCCAAGUAGAGAGCCAAUAUGGAGAGAUAGUGCCUAAGAUAGAUGUUGUUUUGUGUACCUGUGAUGUCGUGUAAAUAAACGUCUAUGUGUCGUUGAGUUGCCUCCCUUCCGUUAUUACACUAUUAUUUCACGUUAUGAAAUCGCAGCACUCCAACACCAACACUAAUCGCAAUCUGCAAUCCUUCGUGUUUAUUAAUAAAAGGUAGAUCUGGCCAAUUGAAAUCAACUCUUAUUAUUAUUAAAUAUUAUUAUUAUGUUAGAUACGAACGAGAAUUCAUUCUCUAGCGCUGCCAGGGUCGAAUUUCGUUAAGAGUGAAACAAAAUUAAUUGUAGUGCCUUUAUCUGUGUCCAAUGAGGAAUUUAUCUGGUGAUGUGUCAGGUAUUUUUUAGUAUAUUAUUAUUAUUAUUUUUUUGUUGGAAAAGAACGAGUAUUAAUAUUAAUAUUAUUAUUGUUAUUAUUAAUUUGUUAUUAUUUUGUUAUUAUUAUUACAUAUGUUAUAAUUU